GUUUUAGUGUUGAAAAAUUACUGGAUUUGUUAGAUGAACUUGUAGAUGAGAAAAUGUGGAAGCGAAUUAUAAACACAGAAAGACCUAAUGCGAAUAAUUACCAACACAAAAUAACCGUAGAAGCACACAAAAAAGCCGAACAGAUGAAGGAUAAUGUACAAUACUCAGAAUUUGGAACAUUCAAGGUACAAUCAUGUACGAUAUCUAUGUGAAUGCCCAGAAUAUGCAGUAAAAUGUACAAUGUGUAAACAUAUACAUGCUGUAGUUCUGUUUGAGGAGAGAAGCGAGUCUGUUUUAGGUCUUUCAAGCAGUUCUCCGUGUUCCGAAGAAAGUAAUGUGUUAUGUAUUGAUGAACCCACGACAAGCCAGAUCCGAUAUCAAGACGAUUUAACUCAUUUCCUAGAUGAAAACUGCAGGAAUCAAAAUUCUAAUAAACCAAUAAAAUUUGAAAAUAGACGUGAGGUAUCUAUGUGA